ACUGCGCAGGCACCAGGCUCGGAGACCGGAAGCGGAAGGCCUGUCGCGUCGAGUCGACACCUCAGUGAGUAGCAGCCAUGCGCGUCUUGGAGGAGUCGGGGCCUCAGCCUACAGCGACCCCGUGCGGGUGCGUGAAGCCGGCUCUGGAAACAGGGAAUCUUUUAACUGAGCCGAUUGGCUACUUGGAAUCCUGUUUCUCAGCCAAGAAUGGUACUCCAAGGCAGCCGUCUAUUUGUUCCCAUUCGAGGGCUUGUUUGAGAAUUAGAAAGAGCAUCUUUAAUAAUCCUGAACAUUCCUUGAUGGGCUUAGAGCAGUUUUCUCAUGUUUGGAUUUUGUUUGUUUUUCACAAAAAUGGUCAUUUGAGCUGUAAGGCAAAAGUGCAGCCUCCUAGGCUGAAUGGUGCAAAGACUGGAGUUUUCUCCACAAGGAGCCCACAUCGUCCCAAUGCAAUAGGACUGACCCUGGCCAAGCUGGAAAAGAUAGAAGGUGGAGCUAUAUAUCUUUCUGGAAUUGACAUGAUUCAUGGCACACCUGUCCUAGACAUAAAGCCCUACAUAGCUGAGUAUGACUCGCCACAAAAUUUGAUUGAGCCCCUACAGGACUUUAAUUUACAGAAUAACCAGUAUAAAACCCAAAACACAUCCCGGUCUAAUGGCAAGACUGACAGCUGUGACCGGCGACAGUUCUCAAGGUAUGAUAAACCACAAGCCUAUAGUCACACUAAGGAGAAACCUAAAUGUCCUGAAGACAGAACUUCAGGAGAAAACUAUAUGAAACAUGAUAACUCAGCAAAAAUCCAGCAAAACUCCCCUCAGCACAGGGACAUAGCAGCAGAUUUGGGUUUAGAAUCAAGAAGUGAUCAGAGUCUGAAUGUGGCAGAAGAACAAAUUGGCUCAUACUGCCUUGAGAAGAGCUUUUCAGAAGAAGGUACAGAAAAGAGGCUAAAGAGAGGGAAAGAAGCAGUGAUCACACAAGGAAAUAGUGCAGAGAUGCCACCCGUGACUCCUCACUGCCCUUCCAGCAUGGCCGGUGCAGCCCGCCACAGCGUGGUCCCUGCCUGGGUGAGAGAAGCCCCUGUGGCCACCUUGGAAGUCCGCUUCACCCCUCAUGCAGAGACGGACCUCGAGCGCCUCAGUUCAGAAGAUGGCAGUCAGCCUUCAUUUAAAUAUUUUCAAUCAGCAGAGGAAGCAAGGCAUGCCAUUGAGGCUGUGCUGUCAGCUGACCCUCGGUCUGUAUAUCGACGGAAGCUCUGCCAGGACCGCCUUUUCUACUUUACUGUAGACAUAGCGCACGUCACUUGCUGGUUUGGCGAUGGCUUUGCAGAGGUUCUAAGAAUCAAGCUGGCUUUGGAGCCUGUUCAGAUGACUGACUUUGAGGAGUCCUUGGUAUCUCUGGGAUUGUAAGUAGCCUCCAUCAUGUGUUUAAAACAGCCUAAUUGACUCUGGAUGUGGUUGUUGCAUUAACUAUACAAGCUAAUGAUGUGCCUUCUUUGCGGAAAGAAGCAACACUUUGUGAUCUCACUGCUUUGAUUGAUUAUGGUUGUUCAAAAUAUUUAUUUGAAAAACUUUUUUAAUAAACAGAUUUAGAAAAUUUGGAGAAA